UCUUCCUCCUGCUUCCCUCGUCUCCCCCUUUCCGCGUCGCGUCGUCUCCUCCGAUUCCUCUUCCUCCCUCCCACGCGCUCAAUUGAUCGGUCGCUGCUCGCCGAAGCUCGAGUCAGAAUCCUCGCCUCUCCAUCCAAAAACAUGACGGGCACCGCCGGCGGCGACGGCUGCGGCGAGCAGUACUCGCGGAUGAUCCGGGAGCUCUGCGCGCUGCUCCUCACGAUCGUCUCCCCCUCGCCGGCGGCGCUGGGGCGGCCGGCGCCCGGGAUGUCGCCGGCCGCGGCGGCGGCCAUGCUCCUCGGCGCGUCGAUGGCGCUCAUGCUCUGCGGUUCCGUCACGUUCGCCAUCGGCCUCCUCCUCAUGCCAUGGGUCGCCGGCCUCGCCCUGCUCUUCGGCUUCGCCGGCGCCGUCUCCACCCUCUCCUCCGGAUUCUUCGGUAAGGACGCCGCGCUCCCAUGCAAGGACGAGACGCGGGGGCGGAUCUGCUCCCCGAUCGGCUCCGACAUGCUCGUAGCGUAGCUCCAGCAGCAGCAGCAGCAGGGUAGAUUUGAUUUCUUUGUCCCUGAAUAUUAUUAGGAGUCAAACAGAGUUGAUGAUCCCUGUAAAAAUGCACCCUUUUGUUGUACACCUAAAUCCCCGGAGAUGGUUGCUUGUUGAUUGAAGGAAACGUCACAAGAAUUAAGUGAUUGUUUAACCCCAUGUUCUGAUUUGUUACCA